UGAACUGCCAGGGUGGCUGCAGUAGCAGAGCAGGUUUUGGUGGAUGCUCCAAACGCCAAAGUGCCACUCCUCCAUCAUACACUCCUCCAUCAUACACUCCUCUGUCACACACUCCUCUGUCACAACACAGCGAGGAUCUGCAGGGUGAAGACAGGAUUCAGCUAAUCUUCAACAAUGGCUCAACAGCUGACCAACUGGAACAGUGGCCUCUACAGCUGCUGCGACAACAUGAGCUCCUGUUGCUAUGGUUUCUGGUGCUGUCCGUGCAUGGCGUGCUCUGUGGCCGGGAGCUUUGGAGAGAAUCGCUGCCUUCCUCUGUGUGACAUAUUCAGUCCUGCCAUCACUGCCUCGUGCGGGCUCCCCCUGUGUGUGCCUCCCGCCGCUCUGGCCCUCAGGGUCGCCGUCCGCCACAGAUACGGCAUCAAGGGGAGUCUGUGCAAAGACAUCUGCACGUCUUGCUUCUGCGAGUGGUGUUCAUACUGCCAGAUGCACCGGGAGCUCAAAUACCGCAAGAAACAUCACAACAACGUGGUCAACAUGCAGCCCUAAGUAGAUGCCCAGUGUUUCUGCCAAAGUGGACAGGGCUAGAUGCUGUUACUAUUGUGUUACUGAGCUGCAGACAAUGACUAGAAUGUCCAAACAUAAUGGAUAAAAACGCAUUGUAUUAGAAUGUAUGAAGUCAUAUUUCUGUAUAUGUAAAAUGUACUUCAUAUCAAUUGUUUUCUUCUGUUAAACUUUUUGAGAGAUUAAUCCUAUGGAAUCACAUAAAGAAGAUAAAACUUCAUGAACCCU